AGCAUAGAUAUGGCUAGUUCGCCUAUUAGUGACCGCGAAGAUACGAUUGAGAGGUGUAGGGCGCAUGUUCUGUCGCUUUUGAAUAAGCAGCAUGGGGGACUUCAUAAAACUUCGUACCCAUCCGCCAGCCUAAACUUCUUAGGAAAACUCAACUCCAACCCUCCAAGUACCGCAGCACAAUCACGCCCAAACCACAACAGCCCGCCUCGCACAUCAACGUAUUCAUCAUCCAAACCCAACAGUGCUCAAAGACAAAUCAAACUCGAUAUCAUCAUAAGCGGUGCCGGCCUUGGCGGCCUCUCCACAGCUAUCGCACUACGUCGCCACGGCCACAGGGUUUCCAUCUACGAAAAGGCCCCCGCACUAAACGAAGUAGGCGCUGGCAUCCAAGUGCCCCCAAACAGCAGUCGUCUACUCCUAAAAUGGGGAGUAGGGUCAUACCUAGAUGGCAAGACGGCGGAGCCAAAAGCGAUCCGGAUGCGGAGAUGGAAGAAUGGUGACGUCCUCAGCACAACGACGUUGAAAGGUGAGUUUCGGGAGAAGUUUGGGGCGCCAUAUUUUGUGGUACAUCGGGCGGGAUUGCAGGGCGCGCUUUAUGAAUGUGCCAGGGAUCUUGGAGUGGAGGUUUUACUGGGGAAGGGAGUUGCGCGGUAUGAGGAGGGAGGGAAAUUGGUUUUUGAAGAUGGCGAUGUACGGAUUGCGGAUUUGGUUAUUGCUGCGGACGGUAUACACAGCUCGGCUCGUAAAGUUGUGUUGGGUGGUGUCGACCAGCCGCCGAGAGAAGCUGGGUUUGCGGCGUAUAGGGCAGUUGUGGAUGUCGAGUUGAUGGCUGGGGAUCCGGAAGUGGCGUGGUUGGUUGAUAGCCCGGGGCAGAACUUAUGGAUCGGUGACGGGCGGCACGCCAUGACAUAUCCAAUUGCGAGUGGAAAGUCAUUCAACAUGGUCCUUUCGCACCCAUCCGAAACUGACCCCUCGACGUGGAGUCAAGACCAGGAGACUAUCAUCCGAGAUAUGAAGGAACAUUUUGAGCAUUGGGAUCCCUGUUUAGUCAAGGUGAUUAACAUGAUCCGCACAACCUUGAAGUGGCCUCUCUUGACGGGCACCCCUUUGACCAAGUGGCUAUCAUCGGAUAAGAAACUUCUCGUCAUCGGCGAUGCCGCACACGCUAUGGUACCGUAUAUGAGCGAGGGGGCCGCAAUGGCUGUCGAGGACGGUGCUGCGCUCGCUGAGAUACUGUCAUUAAUUAGAUCUCCAUCGGAACUCCAGGAUGCAUUAGGCGUGUAUGAGCGUGUAAGAAUACUUCGAACAGGCCAAAUGCAAGAGGCUAGUCUGGUGAAUGGAAAGCUUUGGCAUUUUGCCGACGGAUCAGAACAGCGAGCCAGGGACGAGGCAAUGAAGAAAGCAGAGAGCGCGUCGGGUGGAGGGAAUCCGAACCAAUGGAGUGAUGACGAGACAGCUAGCUGGGCGUAUGGUUAUGAUGCGGAGUCUGAAGUAAAAAAGGCGUGGAUGCUAUGGACGUCAUCCCCCAAAAUUUGA